GCCAGUUGUGCUGUAAUAGCCGUCACCCUCACGUAGGCUGAUAAAAAAAUUCUUAAAAUGAUAUUAAAGUGAAAUUCCUCAGUAGAAAAAUAUGAUCGAUACGCGGUAUGUUUAUGCAAUAGUACCUCUGAUUUUUGGACUGUUAUUGGGCAUUUUCGACAGUUUCACAUGGGCGUUGGGGCUUGUCUUGUUGUACGGUGUCAGCGCGCUAUGGAGUGUUCAAAUUCUGGAGUACCUGGGGGUGAAAUUCAGAACUGAUCGGACUGGGGAUACUUACAAAUCUAAGGAUGACGGGGUGUGCAGAGUGUGCAGUGGGAGCGCAUGUAAUAGACAUCGGCCUUCGGUGUUCAAUACACAUGUCAAAGUGCCGAAGGACUUUGAUACCGCUCUUCAGAACCUCUUGGAAACCGUUCUCCAAACAUACGUAUGCGAAUGGUACUCAACAUUUUCCACAGACGAGGCAUUUCUCCAAGAGCUUCGAUUAACAAUAGCCACUGCAGCUCGAAAUAUAAUCAGCAGACUAUUCCGCGCGAAUAUCUCAGAAGUGAUAUUCAAUAAUUUGAUCCCAGUGGCCCUCCAACACGCCGAAGACUGGCGACUACUGGUGAUUCACGCUCACAAGAAUGGGAAUAAGCCUGAGGACAAUGUCCUUGAUUAUUUGGGACACAGGAUCCACCCAGCAGCUCUCUCACGAGAUGCUGAGCUCAAUUAUCUGAGGGGACUGGUCACGGGGUUCAUUCCGCAUUUGAUUCCCAGCUCUUAUAUUUCGACGAAUAAUAAAGUAAUUCUGCGUGAGAUUCUAGCGAAUUGGGUGCUCCUCCCAGCCAUGGACGCGCUAUCCGACCCUGACACCAUAAAUUUCCUCGUUGAAUUGUGCACGCAGUAUCAGGGAGAUUUGUCACAGGAACUCGAUGCCGUGGAAGUCCCUGCUCUACAGUGUUGGAUUACCCCGAGGAUUACUGUUCAAGACACGGAAGAUCCUCUCAAACCCUCGUUAGAACAAGUACUGGAUAAUCCUGAAUUGUUGUACCUGUUUAUGCAACAUAUUAAGGAAACUGGCCCUGUCAAUCUUUUACAAUUUUGCUUGGAUAUUGAUGACCUCAGCAAGCGUAUGCUGAAUCCCGACGUAACCCCCGACCUCGAGGAGGCGCUCUACACAGACGCGCAAAGCAUAUACUCCACAUACCUCGACCCGCAAGGUCCGGAGUACCUCCACCUCCCCUGGCACAUAACCCAGGGAAUGCACCAGAUCCUGGAGGGUGGUCCCAGCAAGGUGCAGGAGCUGCGGACCUCUCGCCCCCUGUACCAAGCCCACCAAGAGGCCCACGCGCGUCUGGAAGCCAUCUGUCUUCCCUCCUUCCACCACAGUUUCGAGUUAUACAAACUCCUCUGCGGCUCGCCGGUAUCAACAGCCUUCACCAGGACCCCGUCUCAGAACAGCAUCUCCGGAGGUGUCGGUGUGGGAACAAGACUCAGCAACCAAUUGGGGAGAAUUCGGGGGGUGCUGAGAGCCUCAGCCGUCGACGGUGCGCCCUUCCAAACCCCAGACGUAUUCCAAGCCGAAGAAGUUGACUGCACCCCACGGACAUUCAGCGAUACAGCACUUUACGAGGACAAAUGCUCCAGGGACUUGACCACAUGGCGAGCAACUGUGCCUCAUGUCGACGGCGGUGGGGCAUAUCCUCUCUACAUGAUCGCUGUUCACAGUGUAGCCGAGGACAAGUCCUGGACGGUUCUCCGGAGGGAUCAGGAUUUCUACGUACUUCGUGCUCGUCUCUUGGAGUUCCACGGCGACAGAGAGAUGAAUGACUCGCCAUUACCCACGAGAAAGAAUCAAUCCACGUCACUGACGGCGAAUCGACAGCGCUAUCAAGAUUUCUUGCAGAAGCUUCUGGCCAAACCAACCCUAAGGAGCAGUGAAUUAUUGCACAUAUUCUUGACUGCUCCCAAUCUCAAAUCCUAUCUUGCGAAUUACAGUACUCCCGAUAUUGGGAUACUCUAUCAGAGUGUUGCGCAUAAGCUGAGGAAGGAGAAGGGACAGCAUCUUGAUAAAUUCAUGAAUACGUUUUUAGCGUCUACUUGCGUUAAGUAUGAGCACGCCGAUCUGGGGAUAGAACCGAUUGCCGAUCAUCAGGUCGUGGAGACUAAGCAGAGGGUGGAUUCCAAGUCGUCUGUUUUUGGGAAUAAUUUGAAUAUUGGGGAGUUCAAGGGGAGCCUGCCGUAUGUUGCGCUGGGGAAGGGGCAGGUCAGGGGAGCCUGUUUCUGCAUUGCUGAAGCAGUCGAAAACUUACUGGACGUCAGUGGAUUGGUGUCUCAAUUCACCUGGUUGAUAGCAUCUCUGACGCGUCCAUCCCUGGACUCAAUAUGCAAUAAAUUCAUGGAUCAAAUACUAACGAAGCUACUGAGCGGAGGACGUGCAGCGAUAGUCGUCAAACUCCUUCACAAUGCAAUGUUCGAGGCGAAGUCGUCGACAGAUGUGAAUGCGUCAGUUGCUAGAGCCCAGAGAUAUACGAGCGCUAGAGAAGGAUUGCACUCGCUGUUGCCAUGGUGGUGUUUCCGUUUGCGCACGAAUUACUGGUGCAGACUCAUGGACGCACUCCUAGAACCCCUGCAGAACGCUUUCUUAAAUAAACAUUUGGCAUAUGUGCUCGUCGAUCAAGUCCUCGCGACACUUUUUCCCGAAAUAUCGCAGGUCUAAUGCAUCAAAAGUGGUUAUCUUAAAUUACGAUUUGUCUGUGUGACCUUAAUUAGGUAUCACCCCUACUUAUCACGGGUACAGUUGAUCAAUAGAGGUGCAAUCGUUAAUUAAUUAUUAAAUAAUUAAUGAAUUACGCCGACAGAAUUAUUAAUUGUACAUAUUACACAGUUGCUCAAUGAAUUGUACAUAUGAAUUUAUUCUGAGUGUUUCACUUGUUAUAAUUAUUGUGAAGAUAGGGAACAAUUAUGAUAUUGUAAAUACAGCGGAAGGAAAUAUGA